AUGAAAACUGACAACAGCAAUCCUUCGAAUUUAACACCACGAAGUCGAAUACCAACUAAAAGGAAAGCACAUCAUUUACUAAAUCACCUCAAAUCUCAUCAUCAACUUCAAGAUCCUUCGAUUGACAUCAAACCAUUCGAUACUGAACUCCACAUUGCUCGUCCUGGUACUCCAACUAUCAUCUUAGAUCACGUUUCUCAACCUCUGAGUGACAGCGAAGACCCUUUAAUACUCAAAGAUUCUCCUACAAAACAAGCUAAUCGUCAUCUACGUCGUCAAUCGCGUGCACAUUCUAAUUUUGAAACGUUUCAUCAUCAUCUUCCUUUAAUCAAGACUCUCGAAUCAAAUCAAAAUCAAUAUUCACUUCCAUCUGCUAGUAUAUCAACUGCUACUUUUGCUUCUCCUGGGCCAGAUCAACUCAAUACUCCUACUCGUUUCUCAUCUGAGAACAGAAGUCGUCCAGAAAGUCACGUCAAAGACAAUACGGUCUCAAAAUCACCUCUUCCUCGUUCAUCAGAUUCAAGAGAUCACGCAUCUAUCUCUGCGACACUCAACCGGCAUAACUCACCUCAUCUUUCAGGAAAAGACUCACAGCACAUGACCCGAAUCACUGUCAGUUCUCGUCAAGAAAGAAACUCUAGCGAAGGCUCUCUGGCGCGAAACUCUUGUGAUUCAUCAACUGCUACGCGUCUGCCUUCUGCCGUUCCAAUCCUUGAACCACCCUCACAUAUUCAGCUUGAUGAUCAAAGCUCAGAUGGAGAGUCAGACACCCCAGCCGCAUGGCCAACGAACCUACAAGAUGACCAACAGAAUCAAGCUCAACUCUCUUCACCUCCCCCCACACCAUCCUCAAGAGGUCCUAGUAGAUCAUCGUCUGCACACGAAACCAUAAUCUCUCAGCCUCGAGGUUCUUCUUCAAGUCAAUUCCUCGAGAUUGUGCAUGAGAAUAUCGUCGUCAGUUCGUCAUCUGCAAGUUCAGUAGCCUCCAGUGAUACUUGUCGGCCUACUUCUAGAAGAAAGGCUACUCAAUCUGUGUCCUCUGCUUCUAUCCGCUCAUCGCUGACGCCUCUCAACAACAUUCCGCCCAAGCGCUCUCCACGAAUCGAUUCGGCUUCAAGCAGGGAGGUUCUGACGAGUGAUUCUACGAAUCAGCAGGCGGGUCAACUUUUAGAUCGAUACUCUAAUCAAAAAACUUCACUUCCCCUACGCAGCCCUACUAUUAAGAAUCAGUCAGUCCCAUCCAACCGGAUCAUGCAACUGAACCACGGUUCGACAAGUCCUUCCUCUCCGAACACCAGUUUCCAAGCUCUGAGGCACAAGAAAAGGCUUGGAACACCUCCUAAACCAAGAGAAUGGGAUAAACACAACGCGUUUCAAGAAUUCGAAAUUGAAAACUCUGAUGUUGAAGUCACGAUCACUUGCGCGGAUGAUGAUCAUGAUGGAAUUCGACAACGGAAGCGUUCCAGAUCUAGGCUCACUAUGGGACAUGUCGAAAUGGUUUUACAGAAUUGGCCACCAGAGGAAAAUGUUGUUCUUCAAUCUACCCCAAAAGGUCUGCUCAAGAUUCAUCGUCACUCAGAUCUUCCUUUCACACCGAUUUUGCCCAGACCUUCUAUGAGAGCUUCUCAGUUAUUGGAAGAGGAAGACUCGUUAGAAGACGAAAACUCGGGAUUGGCCAAGAUGCCGGUUCAAGAAGAUCAACACGUUCAUCAUACCGAAACUCACGAUGAAGAAGUCAUUAGCCCGAGUGAGGAUGAUCGGGGUGAAACAGACGAUCAUGAUCUUGAGCAGGAAGACGAAGCGUCGCCUGACAAUAGGAAUAAUCCAUCAUCACAUUGUGGAUUAUCGGGUCAAGAAGAUGACAUUGUUCCCCCAAAUGAUGAUCAAAGGCAUCAUAGUUCCAUGUCGAUGCAUGAUGCAUGUGGCCAAUCACGCGAUUCACCAGCACACUAUGAGAAACAGACUCAUCAAGAACUCGCAGAUGAAGAGAUGGCAGAUUCCUCCCAAGACGACAAUGAGGACGAGCCCGCGAAAUCUUGCACGGACUCAUCAUCAAAUAAUUCUGAUGGUCAGACUUCAUCGGACCGUGUAACACGCACUGAGGCGAUGGGCGAUGUGUCUGCCUUGUAUGAAUCGGAUUCAGAGAGGAGCAGACAACGAGAAAUUGGACAAGCAGAGCUUUCUGAAAGCAGCAUUAGGAGUAAUUCUCGAUCAGACCCUGAUCAAAUGUCAGAUUCUAAUCAAGCUAACCCAUCAAAUCCAGAUCUUCUGUCACAUUCUAAUCAAGAGACUACACCAGACUCCGAUCAGGUGACAACACCGCAACAAGAUACAUUAGAUUUGGAUCCAGCCGCUGGACAAGACGCCGAUUCCUCUGCCCCGAAGAUUAUAUCAAGAGAAGCUGAAGUACAGGAUAUCAUCAACGCGCGCGACACUACUCCGGUACACGGUCCAUCAUCGUCCUCAUCAUCUGCUGAUCGUGUCUCAUCAAGUGAAUCUCAAAACCCGCCUAAGCAAUUUGACAUCUCCAAGCGAAGCGUCCAUCUUCCUACCUCUCAAAAAGAUUCAGCAGAUGGUUCUGUCAUGAUUACGCCACCUAUGGAAUUUCAAUCUGUCCGUUUGGGCGCUCCAGCUACGUCAUCGCGUGGUUCAGAUGGGAUUCAUCCUCCGAGCCAACCUAUCUUUGACACUAGAUCACAAUCCUCCUCUUGUGGUCGUUUGUCCAGUGACCGUACUUCAUCUCACGCUUGUUUAAAAAAUGAUCAAUAUCAGAAGAAAGAACAGUUUCAGUCAAUUGCUCAACAACUCGAAAACAAAAGACAACCCUUAUUGACAACAAUAGACGAUAUGAUUGAUCCUCCAGCAGUCAGAAUUAAUUCUACUCGUAGAUCUCUGCUUACUUCCACGCCCCAUGGAACCCGACUUCAAAGACCUUCACCAUUUCUUUCACCAAUUCCAAGUAAUCCAUCUCGAGUACUACAAAUCUCAUCAUCUGAUCCUAAAACUGCAGCUCAAGCUGCUGCUAUCUUGAAAGUUUAUCAUGGUUUUAUACCACGUGGAUUUAAGAUUGAAGAUAAUGAAGCUAUCAAUCAUGAUCAAUUAGAACAUCAGAUGGAAGAAUCUAUUUUAAAAGAAGAAGCUAGGGCUGAAAGGUCUUUGUUUUAUCAGCAACACGAUCGGAACAAAACUUUGAGUGUGGUUGAUGAAGAUAAAGAUGAUGAGGAUGAGGAUGAGGAAGAUGAUGAAGAUCUUGAAUCUAAUGAAGAUAGGAUUGAUGAAAUGGUUUCUAAUAUGCUUUCACCAAGACCUAAUAAAACUUUAAACCGAAUCGAUACAGAAGAAGGAGAAAGAAGAAAGGAAAAAAGUUCUAGUGUAUUUUCUCAACAACACGUUCCUCAAAGUUCAUCUUCUAAACCGAUUCCAAGGAUCAAAAGUUUAUCUUCAAAUACCACUACCACCAAUUAUUCUUCACCAAUGAAAACUUUAAAUUAUAAAGCUGAUUUUAAUUAUUGGACUAAAACUGAUUGGCAAAUCUUAGAAUCAUGUUUGAGGAAAGCUCAACGUGCUUCUAAUUCUAGUAAUCCUGUUCAUCCUACUACUGUGGUUUUGAAAUUAUUAAAAGUUUUGAAAUUGGAUCGAAAUCAAUGUCAAAAAGAAUGGGAAUGGUCUUGUUUAGUUAGAAGAGUUAAAGCUUUACAAAAAAAGUCGGAAUUGAAUGAUCAUCAAUAUCAACAACAACGUGAGAUUAGUUUAGGAAUCGGAUCUAGUAAUGGGAUUGAACUCAAGGGAAAAAGAUCAUUGUUCCAUGAACUUAAUGAUUUAUCUAAAUCUUAAAUUUUUUUGAAGUCUUUAUUAUUGGGUUGUUAUUUUUUUCAAUUUUUUAAUUUUGGUGGGGAGGGGACGAUUGGGACUUUUGAAGAAGAGAAUCAAAUUGCUGGAAUCAAAUUGUUGGUCUUUCUUUUUCGUUUCAUUUUUGAUGGGUUUUGUUUUUUUGUAAUUUCUUGGGAUUAAAUAAUUUGAUGUUUAGGUUUUUCUUUUAAUUAGUUGAUAUCUUUAGAAUUUUGGUUUCCUUCACUUUUGUUUUGUUAAUUUCUAAAUGUAAUAAAUUGUAUGAUUACAUAAAUGAAAUAAUGAAUAGGAAACGAAAUGGAAAGUUUGAUUAGAUUUUGU